CAAGAAGCACCUCCGGUUUUGCCAGCAAUCAAGUCAAGAACGGCGGUCGCAUCUGUCUCGAGCAUGUCACCGCGUAUAACACGGAAGCUGGCCCAGCUUCCUUUAUUAUUUCUGUGUCCCCGGUCGACGACGGCUACCGCCAUUACCAGCGUUCCAAUCCGAACAUUUGGUAUCCGGUCACUGAACCCUCCUAAAGAAAACCGUUUCAAUGCUGGGCCUGGUCUCCCUGUGCUCAAAUCCACGCCUACAGCGGCUCUUGAGCGCAAGGCAUAUACACUACCUCUUCGUACCGGUGCUGUUGCCAUCAAGAAGGGCAUGACAGCGAUCUUUGACACCGAAACAGGCCAAAGGGUUGCCUGCACUGUUCUACAACUUGACCGGGUGGAAGUUGUGUCACAUAAGACAGUUGAAAAGCACGGCUAUUUCGCCGUGCAAGUCGGUGCCGGCUGGAAACACCCAAGUAACAUCACAAAGUCCCUGCUGGGUCACUUCUCCGCGAAUGGUAUUUCACCGAAAAGACACGUCUACGAGUUCCGAGUGAAAGAUGGGCGCGGUCUAUUGCCUGUCGGGCAAGCCAUAACAGCAGAUUGGUUUCAGGAGGGUCAGUACGUCGAUACCCGGUCCAAUUCAAAGGGUAAGGGGUUUGCUGGUGUGAUGAAACGACACGGCUUCCACGGUCAGGAUCGCAGUCACGGUGUGAGUUUGACACAUCGUUCGCUUGGUUCCGCGGGUCCCAGUCAGGGUGGUGGCUCGCGUGUGUAUCCGGGGAAGAAGAUGGCUGGGAAUAUGGGUAAUGAGCAGAAUACUGUCCAAAAUUUGAAGGUGUUGAAGGUGGAUCCCGCAAAUGGUAUUGUGGUGGUGAAAGGUGCUGUCAGUGGUCCCAGGGGAUGUGUUGUCAGAUUACAGGAUGCUAUCAAAAAACCAUGGCCCGAAGUCAAGCCGCCAACGGAAUCGGCUGCGUAAGUAUCAAUUCUUGAGGGAAAUUGUUUCAUCGGGUGUACCAAUGUACCAUACUAUUUUACUCGAGCGGCGUCUGUGUAUGUUACAUGAAUGAUAUCCUUUUUUUUUCUCCCAUUUUCUCC